UUAAUUCAUUUGCCAACUCAGGGAUUCAUGUAAUGUACCCCUUUUCCAAUUCUUCGCACUCUUGAAAUUAAAUCACAAGGCAGCGACGACUGAUCUGACGUGAUGGUUAGUCUUCUCGAACUAACCGUUGCAUCGCGGGGAAUCAAGAUCCAGUCUCUAUGCAAGAUUAUCUAAGCCAUGGACCGGUACCCCCACUGACCUAAAUGCACCACGUAUAAAUGGUCAAGACACCUUCUAACCACUGUCAGAGAGACCGUGGACUUAAUCUCGCCUUUGCUAUUUGCAUAAACGAGGUGUGGUUGUUCACAUGGCAUCGUUCGUCUCUUCUUCUCAUUACUUUUAAAGAAAGGUUUAGCGUUACGGGAAUGAAAGGAUCUCGCGCAAACUCGUGAUAGAAAAAAAUCGUUGUGUCCAGUGUUCUCGAUCUUUGGAUCCUUAUUCAUUGGGAUCAUGAAGUGUCUGAAGGGUAGUUGGAAGUUGAAUUGGUUCGAGAAAAUUGGUUUCGGUUUGUUGGUGAUAUUUUACUGGUUCUCGAGAGACACGUUCGCGCUGACCUUGAACAACUCGACAAGUACGUUCGUCGAGAGAUGUCGAGUGGACUGCAGCCUGCGCAAGGAUUUCAUUACUUGCGGCAAGUACAGGAUUGUCAGAUGGCUUCGUGACGUUGUAAACGAAAAGGAAUUCAACUUUGGCCCCCUUCGAAUUGUGAGAAUUCCAUCUAUGCCUGGGCCGUCGAUACUCCCGAAGUUACCGCAGUCUCGCGUGUUCAAGACCGACGUGAUCGAGGCCUUGAACUUCGCUAGGGACGCAGUGGAUGAUCUGCUAACGAAACGAGCUUUGGUUUACACGGUCGACAACUCGAUUUCCGCCAGGAGUUUUGGCAGCGCGCCUAUCAUCGUGGACGAGGACGAAUUCGCUCAACUGCAGAGCAGAAAAGAAGAUGACUGGAGACUGUUCAAGAAGAAGAAGUCUGUAAUCGUUCCCAUUCUGAUCCUGAUAAAUCUACUGAAGCUGAAGCUACUGCUUCUACCCAUCUUCCUGAGUGUUCAUUUCAUCAAGAAGCUAUUAGUGCUUGCAUCGAUAAUCAUCCCGUCGCUUGUGACACGUUUGAAAAUUUGCAAGGUCCCGCAACCCCACCAUCAGCAGGGCUAUCCUUACAACAUGUGGGGCACAGCUGCCGAAGCACCCGUUGAUUAUCCAACUGCGUACGAAGAGCCUUGGACCCACAGAAGCGACUACGUGAAUCCAGUUUACUUUGGAUACCAGGGCUACCGCAAUCCUUACGGAUGAAGCUAAGAAGCAAUCGGGAAAUCAUCAAUCAACUUACUACUUGCCAUUGCAUCAAACCCCAAAAAACGACGAUCGUAUCCCUUCUGCUUUCUUCUUCUUAGCAAACUUUCCACUGCGUUCUCCACGUGUCUGCGGUUUCCUUCUCGUGACUCACUAAUCACCUUUCUUCGUUUCUAAACGUCCUAAUCAAGCGACAACAAUU